AAUAUGAAACGUUAAGAGAGAAAUUAGAUUAUCUUAUUAGCCGGAAAGAUAAUAGCGAGAUCGAUGAGCAGCAGGCAGAGUUGGCCGGAUAGAGUGUUCGACAGGAGCGAACAUCAGGUGGAUGAGGAGGAGGAGGAGUUACAAUGGGCUGCCCUCGAACGGCUACCCACCUAUGACCGGUUGAGAAAGGUGGUGCUCAGUCAGGUUCUUGAAAAUGGCAGUGUUGUUUACAACGAGGUUGAUGUCACCAACCUUGGAAUGCAACAGAGGAAGCAGUUGACGGACUGCCUGUUGAAGGCCGUUGAAGAGGACAAUGAAAAGUUUCUCAGGAGAUUAAGGGACAGGAUUAAUAGGGUGGGGCUAGAGGUUCCAAAGAUUGAAGUUAAAUAUGAGCAUUUAUCGGUGGAGGGGGAUGUGCGAAUUGGGAGUAGAGCUCUUCCUACUCUACUCAAUGCUACCUUGAACACAAUAGAGCCGCCGUUCGAUCAUAGAAUGGCAUCGGUUUCUCCUCCUCACAUCAUGAGCAAUUCGGCUUCGGCCACAGUUGUAGCAGAAAUGAUUCGAUCUCUCAAACUUAAGUUGCAUCCGAACAGUAUCCUUCCCUUCCAUAGGCAGCCAAAAACCAGUCAGAUGAGGUUUUGCAGCAUCUCCAGUUCUCCAUUCGAAAACGAAGGAAACUGCAGAUUAUACCUCUCCGGCUCUCCCUGCCCUCGGAUUCUCCACCUCCGUCACCUCCUGUACACCAGAAUCAAUGUCAAUCCCAUUCUUUUUAGUGAGCAUCUCCAGAGGCCAGUUCUGUGCCUGAAUCUCGAACGUGAAACCAAGCGAAAGGCGAAAAGGCGCUCCCUAGGGAGCGGAAAUCUCUCAAGCAUUCUGGGAUUGAUUCGGCUUGCACCGUCUAAGAAGAGAAAGAUUCAGAUACUUAAAGAUGUUAGUGGAAUAGUCAGACCAUCAAGGAUGACCCUACUGCUUGGUCCUCCAGGAGGAGGGAAAACAACAUUACUGCUGGCACUUGCUGGAAAGCUUCAUCGCGAUCUAAGGGAGACCGGGAAAGUCACAUAUUGUGGUCAUGAUUUGAAUGAGUUUGUUCCUCGAAGGACCUGUGCUUAUAUUAGUCAACACAAUCUUCACUUUGGUGAAAUGACAGUGAGGGAGACAUUGGAUUUCUCAGGACGCUGUUUAGGUGUUGGUGCCAGAUAUGAGUUGCUGGCAGAGCUCUUGAGGAGAGAGAAAGAAGCAGAAAUUAAGCCUGAUCCCGAGAUUGAUGCCUUCAUGAAGGCUGCAGUAGUGGCAAGCAAAGAAACUAGCUUGAUCACAGAUUAUGUUCUUGAGAUACUUGGAUUGGACAUUUGUGUGGAUACUAUGGUUGGGAAUGAGAUGCGAAGGGGUAUUUCUGGUGGACAAAAAAAGCGUUUGACUACAGGAGAGAUGUUGGUUGGACCAGCAAUGGUUUUCUUUAUGGAUGAAAUAUCAACAGGGUUGGACAGUUCUACCACUUUUCAGAUUUGCAGAUACAUGAGGCAAAUGGUUCAUAUCAUGGAUGUAACCACGGUCAUUUCACUAUUACAGCCAGCACCAGAGACGUUUGAUCUUUUUGAUGACAUUAUCCUACUUUCAGAAGGUCAAAUUGUCUACCAGGGCCCGCGUGAUAAGGUCCUUGAGUUCUUUGAAUAUAUGGGCUUCAAAUGCCCUGAAAGGAAAGGAGUUGCUGACUUUUUGCAAGAAGUAAUCUCAAAGAAAGACCAAGAACAAUAUUGGGUCAGCAAGAACCAACCUUAUAAUUAUGUUUCAGUUCCUGAGUUUGUGCAGGGCUUCUACUCUUUCCACAUUGGCCAACAGCUUACAUCAGAUCUCAGAGUUCCUUAUGAUAAAUCCCAAAUCCACCCCGCAGCAUUAGUCACAGAAAAAUACGGAAUUUCAAAAUGGGAAUUGUUCAGGGCAUGUUUUUCAAGGGAGUGGCUAUUAAUGAAGCGCAACUCUUUUGUAUAUAUAUUCAAGACUACCCAGAUAACAAUCAUGUCUUUGAUUGCCUUCACAGUGUUCUUCAGAACACAGAUGCCAGUGGGCACUAUAGAAGAUGGACAGAAAUUUUUUGGAGCUCUUUUUUUCAGUUUGACCAAUGUCAUGUUUAAUGGAAUGGCGGAACUUGCAUUGACUUGUUUCAGGCUUCCUGUCUUCUAUAAACAGAGGGAUUUAUUUUUCUAUCCUGCUUGGGCUUUUGGCCUACCUAUAUGGAUUCUUAGGAUCCCAUUAUCACUUAUAGAAUCAGUGAUAUGGAUUGUCCUUACAUACUACACUAUUGGCUUUGCUCCUGCUGCUAGCAGGUUCAUCCGACACUUUUUGGCUUUAUUUGGCACACAUCAGAUGGCUCUAUCGCUCUUUCAGUUCAUUGCUGCAGUGGGAAGAACAGAAGUUGUUGCAAACACACUGGGUACCUUCAUCUUGCUAAUCGUCUGUGUGCUCGGAGGUUUCAUUGUUUCCAAAAAUGACGUUGAACCUUGGAUGCUAUGGGGAUACUAUGUUUCUCCAUUGACGUAUGGGCAGAAUGCCAUUUUCAUAAAUGAAUUUCUUGAUAAAAGAUGGAGUGCGAAAAAUAAUGAUUCCAGAUUUACCGCACCUACUGUUGGAAAAGUUCUUCUUGGGACUAGAGGCUUUUUUACAGAAGAUUAUUGGUUUUGGAUCAGCAUUGGGGCACUAUUUGGGUUUUCUGUUCUAUUCAACAUAUUAUUCAUUGGAGCAUUGACUUUCUUGAAUCCUCUGGGCAAUUCCAAAGCAGUUGUGGAUGAAGAUGACCACAAGAGUAAGAAGUUAGCUUCUGGACAACAUAGAAGAGAAGGUAUUGAUUCACCUGGAGAAAGAUCUUCAGAAAUUAUUGAUUCUACAGAUCAUGCCCCUAAAAGGGGAAUGGUUUUGCCUUUCUGUCCCCUUUCACUCAUAUUUGACCAUGUGAACUACUAUGUGGAUAUGCCUGCCGAAAUGAAGAGUCAAGGCAUUAAAGAACACCGUCUUCAACUGCUAAGAGAUGUCAGUGGUGCUUUCAGACCAGGGAUAUUGACAGCACUAGUGGGUGUCAGUGGUGCUGGGAAGACCACUCUGAUGGAUGUUUUAGCUGGAAGGAAAACAGGUGGUUACACUGAAGGAAGUGUUUUUGUCUCUGGUUAUCCAAAGAACCAAGCUACAUUUGCUCGUGUGAGUGGUUACUGUGAACAGAAUGACAUUCAUUCACCUUAUGUCACCAUUUAUGAAUCUCUACUGUACUCAGCCUGGCUUCGUCUUUCUUCAGAAACAGACUCUAAGACACAAAAGAUGUUUGUUGAAGAAGUUAUGGAGUUGGUCGAGCUCAACCCCAUAAGAGAUGCUCUAGUUGGCCUUCCAGGAGUAGAUGGUCUUUCAACAGAACAAAGGAAAAGGUUAACUAUAGCAGUAGAGUUGGUUUCUAACCCCUCCAUCAUCUUUAUGGAUGAACCAACAUCUGGACUUGAUGCCAGAGCAGCUGCCAUUGUCAUGCGUACGGUAAGAAAUACUGUGGAUACAGGGAGAACUGUUGUGUGCACAAUUCACCAGCCCAGCAUAGACAUCUUCGAAUCUUUUGAUGAGUUGCUUUUGAUGAAAAGAGGGGGACAAGUUAUUUAUGGCGGACCUCUUGGUCAUCACUCUCACAAACUCAUAGAGUAUUUUGAGGCUCUCCCAGGGGUUCCAAAAAUCAAGGAGGGAUAUAAUCCUGCAACAUGGAUGCUUGAGGUCACUGCUCCAACAGUUGAGGCUCAACUGAAAGUGGAUUUUGCGGAAAUUUAUGCCAAUUCCUCACUGCAUCAGAGGAAUCAGGAACUUCUCAAAGAGCUUAGUACUCCAGCUCCAGGAUCCAAGGAUCUCUACUUCUCAACCAAAUAUUCUCAACCAUUCCUUAUUCAGUGCAUGGCUUGUUGCUGGAAACAGCAUUGGUCUUACUGGAGGAAUUCUCAGUAUAAUGUUAACCGGUUCUUCAUUACCAUAGUCAUUGGUAUCUUAUUUGGUCUAAUCUUCUGGAACAAAGGACAAAAGACAACAAAGCAGCAAGAUUUGACUAAUCUCCUUGGAGCUAUAUAUGCUGCUGUGUUUUUCCUUGGUGUCUCCAAUGCUUCUGCCGUGCAACCUGUUGUUUCAAUAGAGAGAACAGUCUUCUACCGUGAAAGAGCAGCUGGGAUGUAUUCUGCACUGCCUUAUGCAGUCGCUCAGGUUGUCAUAGAAACAAUCUACAUUGCAAUUCAAACCAUUGUUUACACUCUGCUUCUUUAUUCGAUGAUUGGGUUUGAGUGGAAGGUGGAGAAGUUCUUCUGGUUCAACUACUACAUAUUUAUGUGCUUCGUCUACUUCACAUUGUAUGGGAUGAUGGUUGUUGCACUGACUCCUAGCUACCAAGUUGCCGCCGUUCUUUUGGCCUUCUUUGUCAGCUUCUGGAACUUGUUCUGUGGUUUUCUCAUUCCUAGGACGCAAAUCCCUAUAUGGUGGAGGUGGUACUAUUGGGCUUCCCCUGUGUCAUGGACAAUCUACGGUCUUAUAACCUCCCAACUGGGGAAUAAAAAUGCUCUUCUUGAGAUACCGGGAGCUGGUAAUGUACCAUUAACGGCAUUCCUCAAGCAGAGCUUGGGAUUCGAGUACGAUUUUCUUCCUGCUGUUGCCUUUGCUCAUCUUGGUUGGUGUUUACUAUUUGUUUUUGUGUUUGCCUUUGGCAUCAAGCUCUUCAAUUUUCAAAGGAGAUAACCAGCUUCCUUCUGAAGAGAAGCAGACAAACAACCAAUGGCCAACCUCAAGUAUUUCUUUCAUGAAAGUAAAAUUCUUUGUCAAUAAAUCAAUGUAUUACAUUUGGAAGGUAAUAUAAAUUACACCCAGAA